AUGAACUUUUUUGUUUUAUCAUGCCUAUUAUUUUUAGGUCACUCAAUACCCGUAUCAUACAAAGAGCAAUGCACGUGCUCUAAAUUCUCCACCGAAACCACAUGCAUGGAAUAGGUGAAUUGCAUUUGGAGUAACCAAAUUUGUCAAGACAGAAGUUGUACCCAAUUUUAUAACAAGGAUAAAUGCAACUCUGUAUCUCAUUGCUCAUGGAAUGUCUCUACAUGUAGCGAAUUCACAAAAUGCUCUGACUAUUACAUGAACGACCCUUAUGAUUGCUAUAAAAUUGGAAAUCAAGAUUUAAAUUUGUUUUGCAUGCCAACAGAAAACGGAAACUAUUGCAAAGAUUACGAGCUAGCACCCUGUGGAAAUUUUUAAGAUGAUUGCAUUGGAUUUUAAACUUAGUGGGGACUGUGUUAUUGGUACAAUGACACCUGUAAUGUUGUGGAUAUUAGAUACUGUGACACAUUGCUUAACGAAGACUUAUGUUUCAUUUUUGGAGAGGGAUUGGGAUGUUAAUGGAAGGAUAAUAAGUGUUAGAUGAUCACUUGUUCCGAUUUCACCUCCGAGAGCACAUGCGUAUUAAUGAGACAGAACUUCAUUGAAGAUAGUCCUCUUCUGUGCAUGUGGGAUGGAGUAAAAUGCAUGGAAGCAUAAGAUGUGUCCCAUUUGGAUUUCUCUAAUUGUUUAGUCAAUUCCUUCUAUAAUUAUAUAUGGGAUUCAACUAAAGGUGUUUGUGUUGCUUGCAAAGACUACACGCCUCCAUCAACCUAAACCCCUUGAGAAUAUGAUACUUGAUUAAUAUUUUAAGAUUUUGUAUUUCAG